AAAGUGAUUUGUACCAUGUACAUGAGUUUAUAAGUUCAUUCUCUUUGUUGUGUGUUGCAAGAGAAACAUUUUAGAAAUGGUAACCAUCAAAGGUUCUUACACAGUAGUUCCAAAUGAACCAACUCCAGAGGGUUUUCAAUGGCUGUCUGAGCCUGAUCAAGUGGCGCCUAAUAGCCACACCCCCACCCUCUACGUUUACAAUGCAAAGCACAACCAUGACGCAUUAGUUGAACACAUAAGAAACUCUCUUAGCAAGAUUCUGUGUUACUACUAUCCAGUGGCUGGUAGAUUGAGAAAGUUAAAAGAACGUGGCAGAUUGGAAUUGAAUUGUAAUGCAAAAGGAGCGGUGUUGAUUGAUGCAGAAUCCACAAAAACAGUGCAUGAUUAUGGUGACUUUAUGGGUGACUCCGCCAAGGACUUGGUUCCAAAAGUUGAUAAUAGAAACACUCCAAUAGAGGAACUUCCCUUGUUAGUAGUGCAAGUAACAAGUUUCCUUGGCGAUGAAGCGUUUUCCAUUGGAGUUGCUCUAUUGCAUACUUUGUCUGAUGGUGUUGCUUCCAUUCAGUUCAUCAACUCAUGGGCAAAGUUGGCUCGUGGAGAGACAUUAGAGCCUCAUGAAAUGCCCUUUUUGGACCGAACUGUGCUAAAAUUCACAGAGCCUCCAUCACCCCCUCGCUUUGAACACCAAGAGUUCAAGCCUUUGCCUCUCAUAUUAGGAAGAAGUGACACCACUAUUGAGAAAAGCAAGAGGGUAGAAGCCAUCACGUUGAAGCUGACAGCAGAACAAGUGGGGAAGUUGAAGAACAAAGCCAAUGCUGAUAAAUCAAGAGAAGGGUCAAGACCUUAUAGCAGAUUUGAGGUUAUUAGUGGACAUGUAUGGAGAUGUGCAUCUAAGGCUCGUGGAUUAGACGAGAAUCAACCAAUUCUGCUUCGGUUUAUUGCUAGUAUUCGCAGUAGAGUAAUUCCACCUCUCCCUAGGAAUUACUUUGGGAAUGCUUUGGUCUUAAAAACUGCAUCAUCACGCGUUGGAGACAUCUUAUCAAAUUCUUUGGGUCAUGCUGCUCAGAAAAUAAGAGAAGCAGUUGAAGAACUUACAUAUGACUAUAUAAGAUCACAGAUUGAUAUCGUAAGAGGUGAGGAAGAUAUCGAUAAAGCAAGGGCUUUGUACUAUGGACCAAAAGAAGGGAAGGAUGUAUUCUUUUUUGGGAAUCCUAACCUGCGUAUUACAAGUUGGCUGAGUAUGCCAAUGAAUGAAACAGAUUUUGGUUGGGGAAAGCCUCUGUAUUCGGGUCUGGCAGGUGGAGUUGCACAAGAAAGGGCAUUGAUUACCCAAAGUCCAGGCGGUGAUGGCUCAGUUAUUCUAUUUCUACACUUUCAAGCGGAACAUAUGGAGCUUUUCAAGAACUAUUUCUAUGAAGAAAUAUAAACUACAUAUUAAUUGAUAUAGAAGAUGAAGGCAAGCGUUUCAUUUAAUAAAUUGUUUAAACAUUUGUCUUUGUUUUUAUCUAUUAGUAGUUCAACCAUUACGCUAAACAGCUUCAUUCUAUCAUUCUCUCUGCACUUCCUGGUUUAAUUCACAUAAAUGAAGCUUGUUAUAUUUGGAAGGUUCACAAAUUUGACUUUCCUGCUUGCAUUGAUGUCUUCUUUGGAGCCUUGUUUGUAUCAGUAGAACACUUGUUAGUUA